UAUUACAAAGAACAAAUUAAAAGCUCUAAACUCUAUACAAAAUAAACCCUUAUUUGGAUAAUGACUUGAAGGCAGGGUAGGCAUCUUACAUUGUCUUUUCUUUCUUAUCCUUGUUGAGCUCUCCUUUAUCACCCAUCCUCCUCACCUAAUUCAUUCCAUGAAUACCCAUGUGGAUUUUAUACAAUAUGUGUACUUUUUGAGGGGUAUAAUCGUCUUUUCACUCCUUCGAAACUUGUAACCAUUAUGUGCUAUAUAGUAGUCUAGUUAUUUCUUUCUUUUAUGUUACAUAUUAGUAACACACACCAUAUAGUAGAGGCCAAACAAUGAAUAAUAGGGUCACCUUGUUGAAAACCUCUGCAGGCAAGCCACCGCAGUUAGUGGGUGAGCAAUGGCUAGAUGAUGCUUGCAUUCUUGACAUGGACUACUUUGUCAAGACACUUUCCGGUAUAAAGUCUAAGGGGGUACGCCCUGACCUUGUUGGCUCGAUCAUUGCUCACUACGCGUCUAAGUGGGUUCCUGAACUAUCUGAGAGUAGGGAUGUCACGAUACUUGAGGGGGACGACCCAUCAGCCUCCCCUGAGUCCGUGACAUCCGCUUGGAGGAAGAAGCGGUUCUUCGUGGAAACACUUGUAGGGAUCCUCCCCCCAGAGAAUGACACUGUCCCAUGUAACUUCCUACUAAGGCUACUAAGGGUGGCUAACAUGGUAGGAGUUGAGCUCACCUAUAAAGAAGAGCUAGAAAAAAGGGUGUCAUGGCAAUUAGACCAAGCUACAUUGAAGGAAAUAAUGAUACCUUCUUUUAGUCACACUUGUAGUACAUUGCUUGAUGUGGAGUUAGUCAUGAGGUUAGUAGAGAGGUUUGUGGGAUUAGAUGAAGGUUUUAAGAGUAGCGCGGCCUUAAUUAAGGUGGCAAAGCUAAUGGACUCGUACUUAGCUGAAGUCGCGAUGGACUCAAAUUUGAAGUUGGAGGAGUUCAUUCAACUUGCUGGUGCUCUCCCUGCCCAUGCUAGAGCCAUAGAUGAUGGACUCUAUCGCGCUGUUGAUACUUAUCUCAAGGCACAUUCUAAGGUGACAAAGCAAGAAAGGAAGCUUCUAUGCAGAUUGAUUGAUUGUCGAAAACUCUCUCCAGAAGCAUGCCUACAUGCUUCACAGAACGAAAGAUUGCCUGUACGAGCAGUAGUGCAAGUCCUGUUUACAGAACAGAACAAGAUUUCCCGGCAGCUGGAUUGGAGUGGCCCUUUAUCUAUGGCUAGAAGCCCAAACUCUAAUAGGCACGAUGCACCAGGCCGAUGCCAGUCAAAACGGGAGGUUUCAGUCCAGCAUAUGGAGAUCAAGAGGUUAAAGGAGGAUGUUGUCAGACUUCAGAACCAGAUAAACAACCUGCAGAAUCAGUUGGAAAAAGUGGUUGAAAAGAAGAAGGGGUUCUUUAGAUGGAAGAAAUUCAUUUUAAUUUCUGGUUCGACUAGUGUUACUGAUGUCGGAAAGAGAGAUUUUGAGGAAGUCGGGUUUGGAAGGCAUACCCCUCUUACCAAGGGCAAAGCUUCACACAGAUGGAGGAAGUCUCUAUCGUGAUUAAUUCUCAUUUCUUUACUCUAUAAUACGAAGUAUGUUUUUUUAAUUUACCAAAAGCUUAAUAACACUGAUUUAUAAUUUGGUUUUACUCGUUGAUCUGUAAUACAUAAGUCGUUCUUGUGCAGUA